UGUUAAUUGAUGGUUGACUCUGAUUGGCUGCUGCAGUGAGAGGGGGCGGGGCCUUUGCUGUUCAUUCAGUGAGUAAAUGAUGGCUGACAGUGAGGCAGCAGCAGCAGCAGGGAUGGCUCACAGCUUCACUCAGGAGUAUUUUCAGAUCCCAGUGGUGACCCGAGCCUACACCACCGCCUGCGUCCUCACCACCGCUGCCGUGCAACUUGAGGUCAUCACACCCUUCCAGCUCUACUUUAACCCAGACCUCAUCGUCAGAAGAUAUCAGAUAUGGCGCCUGAUAACCAGCUUCCUCUUCUUUGGUUCUCUUGGAUUCAGUUUCCUGUUCAACAUCAUCUUUCUUUAUCGAUACUGUCGGAUGCUGGAGGAAGGAUGUUUCCGAGGAAGGACGGCGGAUUUUGUUGUCAUGUUCCUGUUUGGAGGAAUCGUGAUGACUCUGUUCGGUCUGUUCGCCAACAUCUUCUUCCUGGGUCAGGCCUUCAUCAUCAUGCUGGUGUACGUGUGGAGUAGAAGACAUCCGCUCGUACGCAUGAACUUCUUCGGCCUCCUGAACUUUCAGGCUCCGUUCCUGCCCUGGGUGCUCAUGGGAUUCUCGCUGCUGCUUGGAAACUCCAUCAUGGUCGACCUCCUAGGCAUCAGUGUGGGUCACAUGUACUACUUCCUGGAGGACGUGUUUCCAAACCAGCCGGGAGGAAGGAAGCUGCUGAUGACGCCAGAACUUCUGCGAGCAAUGUUCGACCGGCCGGAGGACCCAUAUUACCGUCCCCUCCAAGAGGAGCAGCAGGGUGAAGAUCUACAGCAGGAAGAGGAGCAGAACAACUAACAGCACUGAGACCAAGAUGAGGAUCUGUGGAGCCCUGAGUCCCUGCAGAGGACACUUUUUUUUAACCAAGAAUACCAAAGCAUUUUGGAGUAUUUUGGCACGUUCACACUAUGUAUUUUAACUAUCAAGCGUGCUUUUGUCUAAAUAAGAAGACAGCAGCACAGAGAUGGCACAAAAAGUCUCAGCAGAAGACUGUGCUGCAGGAUCUUUGGGACAAAGAAGCAUAAUUUUAACAAGUAACCAGCACUGACCCCAAAAAAAGGCGAUAAAAAGGACAAAGGACUCAGUUUCUAUGUCUUGGAAAUCGAAGCAGAACAAACCUCAAGACAACCUGUGGAGUAUCUGACCACGACUCAACAGAGCGAUGUUUUCACAAGUGGGUCCCUGUUUUGUUUGUAACGUACACGAGCAUGAGGGCGACGAAAAAAGAGACUGCUCACAAGUAAACAUGGAUGUUACCACAACAGGAUUUCAAAUGUUUUCCAAAUGAGCUUUGCAAGUGUUUUGUGAUGAAGGAAAUGCACUCAACAUGUUUGUGAGACCUCCAGGAUACACAAAAUGAGCUCUGAUUGUAAACAGACACCUUGUUUGUUUACAACAAAACACUACAGAGCACCUCUAAAGGUCCACUUACUGCCCUGUUUGAGCGUUCACUAUCUCAGGGGUCAGGUAAAAACAGACAGGGUCACCCCAAUGUUCCCAGGGUCCUAUGCUCACAGGGUCCUUCAUCGAGUUUCUAAUCCUAAUUUGAAACUUUUGUUUCUCACAAAAGAAACUGUAAAGCGUGUGAAAUAAUGUUGUACCAUUCCAGAACUACGUUCUUUAAAAGUUACUCUGUUCCUUC